ACAUGGAAGCUGAAGAUGCCUCCGGGGCAGGAGAUCUGGUGUGGAUCCCUGAAAGGAGGAGGCAAACCCUGCUUCCCUCCCCUCCAAAAUGAGAUUUCCCCAUCUGUCUUGACAUCUUCCGGUGCUCACAAUCCUGACUAUGAGAACAUAACCUUGGCCUUCAGAAACAAGGACCAGAUCAAACUCAGCCAGUCAACACCCACAAAUCAAGCCAAGUUCAAGCCAUCCCAGGACACAGCCCAGGUCCCCCCUUGGUUGUACAGAACCAUUAUGAUGCUGUACGUUCUCCUCGCUCUCAUCUUUUUAUCCUGUAUCAUCCUGUCUGCUUUGGUCCUGGUGAAAAAUUCUCAAAUGUCCAAGGAGCUGUGGACCUUGAGAGCAGAGCUUUCAAAUGUUUCAAACACGGUGUGGAAUAUCCAGGAGUACCAGAAUCUGCAAAAGAAUAUUUGGAAAGCUGUCCAGGGGGACAUCAAUAAUGCCAAGAAUGAACUCACGAGCAAAAUCCAGACUGGAAAUAACAAGCUGAAUACAGUCUCAGCAGAUAUAACUCAAAUCAAGAAAACUCUUGAGGCACUGGAGAAGAAUGCACAGCCUAAGCCCAGUAAAUAAGAGGACACCACAGCCACACCUGUGAGGACUCCGAAUUGCACCUGCUAGUGAAGAGGGCCAAUGGGGGUACCUAGAUCGAGUGUGAACCUGCCAUUUAUCCUCAUAUAAAAAUUCUCCAUCCAGGGGAGUGAGUGUUAAAGAGGUGUGUAUGCAAAUGGGCAUUUUGUGGUAUUUGGAGUUUCCCUGUAUUCAAGGAGAAGGUUUUACGGUGGAAAGAGAACAUGGAAGUCACAGCAGGUGUAACUAUUUAUGGGCCACAUAGGUGUAUGCCCUGGCAUAUAUGAGUAUAGGCAUGUCCUGGUUGGUAGCUGUUCCCGUGACCGUGAAGCCCCCAAAGUGUAAGUGACAUGUGGGACAUGCCUCUCCCAUUAUCUUGAUCAUGCAUGUGUGGAUCUGGCUGUUUUGUUAUGUGUGUCAUUGCAGUGGUGGGUAAUGGACAUCAUCCUGGGGCUGUAUUAUGGCAUGGGUCAUUCCUAGUGUGCUUGGCCAUAUCAGCUUGUGUGUUCAGAGCAUGUACACAGAUGCAGCCAUUAAUUUCUGCACUCGUAUUUAUGAUUCAUGAUGAUAAAUGCCAAGGGAGAUGAUA